AUGAGGACGCUAUCGCUCAGCCUCUGUUCUCUUUUAUCAAUACUAUAUUUAUCAUCAACUGCAUUCUCUGCUGCCGCCGACACAUUCCUUAACCCGCCUGGCACUGGAUGGAAAUCUUCGAGCACGGGAGAUAAUGCACAGCGAGUCCUGGAACACUCCCCAGUCAAAGAUACAGACUGUAGACAACCCCCACUCGGCCCUAUCGAAACGACGCUCUGCAACUACGAGACAGUAGAAAGUGUCAACGACGAGCUAUUCGAAACCCUCCAUCAGCUCGUGGAGACGCCAUUCUUUCGAUAUUACAAGGUCGACCUCUACAGAGAUUGCCCGUUUUGGGAAGACGAUGAUAAAUGUGCAAGUCGCGACUGCGUUAUCCGAGCCGUUGAUGAGAGCAAAAUACCCGCAAAGUGGCGAUCCUCUACUCUUUCCAAGGUGGAAGAACCUUCUUUGGAAUUGAAAAAUUCGCUGCCAGGAUGCUACUACCGAGAUUCGGAUUACUGUUACCAAGACGACCUUUCAGAAGGUGGCGAAUUUAUCGAUCUCAUUGAGAAUCCUGAGCGGUUCACUGGCUAUUCUGGCGCACCUGCGCGGAGCAUCUGGAAGGCCAUCUACGAGGAAAACUGCUUUGGUCAACUGAAGGAAGCCAUUCAGGCAGAGACUUAUUCUCCGUUAGCUAUGAACCCUCUACUCAAGUUGUCGCCGCCAGAGGAACGCGAACCGGAGGGUGAAUGCUUAGAGAAGCGUGUCUAUUACAAGAUCAUCUCUGGACUACACGCUAGCAUCUCUACUCACCUUUGCUAUGAGCAUCUCAACCGGGAGACUGGAGAAUGGGGACCGAAUCUCGAAUGUUUCAUCGAACGUGUCGCAUCACGCCCGGAGCGACUGCAAUACAUCUACUUCAACACGGUCAUACUUCUCCGAGCCAUCGCCCGUCUUGGACCGUAUCUCAACGCGUACGAUAUCUGUUCUUCAAACGAACAUAACGACGGUCACGCGCAAGAACUUCUCACUAAAAAUCAGAUUCGCUCUGUCAUCUCCAUCGCAGAUCGCGUCGGAAAGUUUGAUGAAUCGAUUCUGUUCAGAGGAGAGAAUGCGGUGCUCAAAGAAGAAUUCAAGCAGCACUUCCGCAAUGUCAGCAGCAUCAUGGACUGCGUUGGAUGCAGUAGGUGCAGACUCUGGGGUAAAGUCCAAAUUGGUGGGCUUGCUACUGCCAUGAAGGCACUUUUUGAGCUUGAUGAGAAGACUCUCGACUACAAAUCAAAUCCUCUCCUGUUACAACGUUCGGAAGUGGUAGCUCUGUUCAACACUGCCCAUCGAUUCACUGAAAGUCUACACUAUGUCGACGAGUUCCGUCGUCUAUGGGCGAUAGCGGAGAACCGAGAGGUUAUUAUCAAGAAGGUCGAGGAGAAUAUCAACAAACCACCAGAAGAGGCGAAACAGCCGCGGCCGUCGCCUCGCAUAGGUCACCCAGCCAUACCACGAAGGAGGCCUGCAUCCGAUUCGCUGUACGAUCGCUGCGUUUACAUCGCUCAAUUAUGCAAAGAUGGGUCGCUGCAGUGUGUGCGAACGAUUGCUUCGUACAUUGUUUCGUUUGCGCGGAUCGUCGCCAGCGCGUUUACGCUUUCGGGGAAGGAUGGAUUGCCGCAUGAAGAUUUUUAG